ACACAAAAAUGAUUUUUUUGUAUAUCCUUAAAGCGAAAUAAAGAGCUAGGGUAUGAUAGAUUAGCUACACAGUGCCUCCUCCCUCCCCUGUAUACCCCUACAGUUCUCCAGCUCAAACUAUACGCUAGCUAGCUAGUUACAUAAACGGUGAUUUAAGCUUCAGCUGCUCUUUCACUGUGUCUGUAUUUUAAAAAUAUAAGUUAUAAAAGUCUGUAUUACUCUCCAGCACCGAGUUUACAGAACAAAAGCUAGCUAGCUUAGCUAAAAAGCGGCGCUGAGCCGGAGGCUGCGUCGCCUGUGGGAGCGCAUUAGUGGAGGUAGAGUUUGGGCCCCUCCCAGCGGCCGGCGGCCCGCCCUGCUCACACCCGGUCCCGCCUGAGCUCAGCCCGAGACUGGGGGAGAACCGCGCGGGCCUGGCGAGCGGCGGGAAAAGAUUUAAAUUAUUAUGCAGGUGAUCAAGGGGGUCAAUGGAUGAAGAUGUGAGGACCCUCACUUUCCACUCCCACCAGCCCAAGAUCAUAUUCCAUGGGACAAGUGGGGAUGGUGAAGUUGAGGAGGACGAGGUUGCUGUAGAGCUUCAGGGGACAGUCCUGGUCUCCACUGUAGAAGGGGAAGAUGGAAUGGAGGUGCAUGGAUUUGCUCCAGAGGAGCUGGUCAUCCAGGAUGGCAUUGAGGACGUGGUGGCAGAGUAUGUCCAGUGUACACAGGAAGAUGAUGAUGGUCUGGGCACAGUUUCUGUGGAAACCUGCGUGAUGUCACCUGACGUGGCUCUGGAGGAGGAGGGCCUGCAGGUGGACGUGCUGACAGCAGCUGAGGUGCAAGAGGAUCCAGAUGGGUGUGGAGAUUACCUCAUGAUUUCCUUGGAUGAAACUGGGAAGAUAGUUUCAGAUGAAGAUGCUAAGGUCACAGUUGAGGGCACUCUAGAGACCCAGGAAGAUGUAGAAAAGGAUGAUGAGGGCCAGGAGGUCAUCAAGGUUUAUAUUCUUAAGGCUGAUCCAGGGGAAGAUGAUUUGGGUGGCACAGUCGAUAUAGGAGAUGCUGAUAUUGAUGUUGCUGACAGUGUGGAGUUGGUGGAUCCUUCAGGGCUGCCCAUCAGAGAGAAAAUGGUCUACAUGUCAAUGGGUGAAGCCAAUCAAAACCAGGAUGAUAUCAAUGUUGCUAAAAUCACUGAUGAAGUGUACAUGGAAGUGGUGGUGGAGGGUGAGGAUCCUGCCAAUGCUCAGCGGUCAUUUGAUAACACCUCGCUUAACAAGGAUUUCAUGCCUGUAGCCUGGGCAGCAGCUUACGGUGGUGAGGAGGCUGAGAAUUGUGAGAACAGAAACGGAGCAGCCAGUGCUGUGUUGCACAUUGAAGACUCCGUCUUAAUAGAGAAGCUCAACCGUCAGCGAAGCAAGAACAAGAAUAAAAAGCGCUCUGAAUCUCGUCAUAUUCAGACAGCAAUUAUAAUUGGGCCUCAUGGUCAGCCACUUACAGUGUAUCCAUGUAUGCUGUGUGGAAAGAAAUUUAAAUCCCGUGGAUUCUUAAAGCGCCAUACCAAGAAUCACCACCAGGAUGUAGUAAAUAAGAAAAAGUACCAGUGCACAGACUGCGAUUUUACAACCAACAAGAAAACCAGCCUCCACAACCACAUGGAAAUCCACAUACUAAACAGCAAAGCAGCUCCAUUUGAAUGUGAGGUGUGUGGUAAAAACUUCCACCAGCAGGCGGCGCUCUUUUCCCACCGUUUGCAGCACCAUCAUCGGGAAGCGAAGCUUCAGAUUCCACCUCCAUCCACCAAAAUGCACAGCUGUAAGUUCUGUGAUUAUGAAACAGCUGAGCAGGGGCUGCUCAAUCGCCACCUGCUAGCUGUUCACAGCAAAAAUUUCCCACACAUCUGCGUGGAGUGCGGGAAGGGGUUUCGGCAUCCUUCUGAGCUGAAAAAGCACAUGAGGACUCAUACAGGGGAGAAGCCUUACUCCUGCCUGUACUGUGAUUACAAAUCGGCUGAUUCCUCAAACCUAAAGACCCACGUAAAGACCAAGCACAGUAAGGAGAUGCCCUACAAGUGUGACCGUUGCUUCCAGACGUUCGCAGAAGCUGAGGAGCUCCAGCAGCAUGCUCUAACACACGAGGAGGCCAAAAGCCACCAGUGUGCCCACUGUGAUCACCGCAGUUCCAAUUCCAGUGACUUAAAGCGUCACAUUAUUUCCGUUCACACCAAAGACUACCCACACAAAUGUGACGUUUGCGGCAAAGGCUUCCACAGACCAUCCGAGCUGAAGAAGCACUCGGCGGCCCACAAGGCCAAAAAGUUACACCAGUGCCGCCACUGCAGCUUCAGAAUAGCAGAUCCGUUUGUGCUCAGUCGACACAUCCUGUCUGUGCACACCAAAGAACAGCAGGCCGCUUCGGACAAAAAGGGGCCGAAGAAAGCCUUUGUGCUCGGAACUCACAGUGGAAAGAAGGUUUUAGCCACUGCUGCGGUGUCUAAAGUGCGCAGGGAGCGAAGAGUGUAUCAGUGUCAAUAUUGUGAUUACAGUACUGGCGAUGCUUCAGGCUUCAAGAGACAUGUCAUAUCUAUUCACACAAAAGACUAUCCACACCGCUGCGAUUUCUGCUCCAAGGGCUUCCGCAGACCUUCAGAGAAAAACCAGCACGUAGCACGCCACCAUAAAGAUGUAAUGUCUGGAGUGUGAUGGUCUCCAUAAAGACCCUAUCAAUAGGCUGCACGAUACAUAUAUAUCGCUUGUUGAUCAUGGUUGCUGUCGUUGCCUGCCUUUGCAAUAUUGAGCUACAGUGUGUAAAUUAACUUUUAAUUGUGAUAUCACACAUUUCUAUUGUAAAAAGCUGGGAUAUACAAAUGAGCCCCUCUUUAAUUAUAACAUCACUAAACUGCUGCAAGUGUAAUACAUAAAUGGCCCUCUCUGCAAUUGAGUAAUCAUAAAAGCUGCAAUAUGUAAACAUCUUAUUGUGACAUAAGCGAAGUGCUGUCACUCAUAGCUGGAAUAGAAAACGGCAUCUCUAUUUGUGACAUCAUUUAACACAUUGUGAGUAGCCUUACCAGUCAUAGAUGUUUCUGUGAUUGGAUGUUGGAUGAAUCAGAGAAGUCACAUGAUCCAACAUACAUAAAAAUAACAUGUUGGUGAAGAAAAAUGCAUCAAAACUCCACUCGCAUUAAAAGUUUGUAAGAUGUGUUUUUUAAAUAUUGCAAGGCAUUGUAAUAUUGCACAAUCAGAGUAUGAUAUUUUGUCAACAUCGUGCAGCCCUGGAGAUCAGCAGGCCCAGAAUUGCUUUUGAGCAGAACAAAUUCUUGGUUUAGCUUAAGUGAUGAUGCUCUCCUCAAGAGUGGAUCAGUGCAUAUCUGUGGGAAUAGUGGGUAGGGCUGGAUAUGGUUCAGAAUAUUUUAAAUACUGAUACGAUACUAACACCUAGACAAAGAUAUAGUUUUCAGAAUGCAGUGGGUUUGGCUUACCUCAGAAAUUUGUGUGCCGUUAAUGAAGUGGGUCUAUUUACGUUCUAUUAUUUGCAGUAAAUUUACGCUGAUAUAGACAGUCACAAUUCUUUAUUCUGAAACAAGCAUUAUUGCUGCUCCUCUGAUCAAAAGAUGAAGAUGGACUGCUUUGGUAUUAAAAUCUCCAAAUAUUUUCAGUACUCAAUAAUAGCAGCAUUAAAGAAUUCUGUUAGUAUCAGUAAAGUAUUAAAUUUCGAAACCUAUCCCUAUGCAGCGCUGUCCAAUAUUAAACCUAGGGGACUGGAGACUGCAGUUGAACACACACCUUAAACUCUUAUUUAAAGUGUUUCAGCAGGAAAAAUCACUUACUUGUGUUGGACUCUGAUCCUCCAGGACCAGAACUGGGCACCUUUCUAAUGAAAAGUGUGUAAUAUUGAAAGGCAGAGGGCUUCAAUAUGCUUAUAUUCUUUUUCUUUGCUAUUUAAUGUUGGACCAUUUGUUCUCUUUUCAGAUUGAUAUAAUCAGUCAGGCACAGCUUUUUUAAUGUACACCCAACCACAAUAUGCUUGCUGCCAGGAAAGGGUCAUGUUGUAGCGACAAACUGAGCUCAAACCUGAUCCAGUUUGUUUGUUUUUGCAUUGCUGUUGUUUUAAAUGUACUUUUCUCUCACUUUUAUUAUGAUAAAUUCGUAACUCUGCUGUAUGAUUGUUUGCCAUAUCACAGGAUGGAGUUUCAUGCAUCUCUUCAAAUUUCUAGACCAGGUGGAUUGGUCUGAAAAUAGAAAACAAUGUCUAAAAAUUCUGAGAUCUGACAGAGUUCAAAAUAUGGGUUUUGCCAAACGCAGACAUAUUGCAUCACCCUAACAACAGCAUGUGCUGUGUAUUUAGAGCUGCAUUCAGUAGUGCUGCACGGUAUUUAGUCCUGCUAAUUAUAUAAGGCUGAUUUUUGAUAUCACAGUACAAAUAGUGUAAAUGGCUUUAAUUGGGACAUCGCAGUAGUAUAGAAGACUGUAAGGGUCAUUGCAGCUGUGACAUAACAAUAUUGCCAGCAUGGGAGGCUACAGUCUCAAAAUGAGCCCCCAAUUUGUGACAUCACAAAACUGAAAGUGGCAGAACUACCUAAACUGCUUUUUAGUGUCUCCCCUAAGACCAUGCCCAUAAUAGCAUGUAUGUGUUCAUUACGGAUAUUUAAAAAUGUAUUGAAGCCCAUUAUAAAUGGAUGUAGGCAACAGACACCAUAUUGUUGUUUGUGUGCACUUGAAUUUUAUGUUAAUUUGUUUAGACAUCAAAUAUUGGUCAUGAUAGUGCGUUUCAAUGAAGUUUCUUUCCUUUGUGGAUUUUUUCUGUGUUGUGUGUGUUGCUUGUGUUUGAUAAAUUAAGAUUAAGCAGCUUGCUGGUGGGAUCCCUUUACUAAAGGUCCAACGUGUGAGAUUUAGAAAAAACAUGAAUCUUAAUCUAUAGCAGCACUGUUGGUUAAUGGCCCCCAUUGGAUCUUUAAAAGAUCAUAUAAUCAGACAGUGUUUAUAAAAUACUAAUAUAAUAAUCAUUGGAUUUUAAGAACAAAUUCAUACAUGUAAGACCUUUAGGAGAACUAAUUAUGGCCUCUUACCUGGUAGGAUAUAAAAACAUGAGGUGAAACGCACAUUAAAAAGCAUAGUGUAUAACUUUGAGUAGGUAUAUUCUGAUAAAUGUGUGUACAUAACUUGUGUAAAUACAGAAUUAUUAAAAUUAGACUAUUUUGUG